AUGAGUCGUGCAGAAAUCAGCCUCUACAUUUAUAUUCAGCCGCGAGUUUCAUGCCAUCUGGGUCAAUUUUCUCUCCCAGGAGCGUGGUCUCACCCGUUCGACGUCUCCACGGCGCCAUUCCACGUCCCGGGGGGCACCACCGUGGGCGUGCCGUCCAUGAUGACAGGCUGGUCACAGUACAUCGCGCUCUACCCGGGCUUCGGGGCACUCAAGCUGCCCUACAAGAACGACGUGCUGAGGCAAGCUGAUGCAUUCUACAUGCUGAUUCUUCUCCCGGACAGCGGUACUCUCAGCCUCGCUGAUCUCUACGACAAUGCGGUAUCGACGCCGGAGUUCAUCAGGAAGCACACGCCGGUGGAGGAGGUUCCAGUCGGGCGGUUCAUGGUGCCCAAGUUCAAGUUCACGUUCGGGUUCGAGGCGUCGUCGGACAUGCAGAAGCUUGGUGUCACCAGGGCUUUCUCAGGCGGUGACUUCUCAAGCAUGGUGAGCGGCGGAGAUGGGCAUGGGCGGGUCUCCAUCUCCCGGGUGUACCAUAAGGCCGCCAUCGAGGUGGACGAGCAAGGCACCGUGGCCGCUGCUGCCACGAUCGUGCUCUUGGAUGGUACCGCGCUUGAGGAAAGGGAGCCACCGCAUUUGGUGGAUUUUGUGGCGGAUUGGCCCUUCUUAUUUGCCGUGGUUGAGGAGAGGACGGGAGCCGUGUUGUUCCUUGGUCAUGUGGUCAAUCCUCUCGCGGGCUAA